UUUCCACUGUUUACACUCUCAUUUACACGGCUCACAUUCACCGAUCGACUCCAUCGCCCUUUCGGAUCACCACGUGCCCGCAAUCCAUUUGCUGUAUAAAUAAAUUUUCAAAGCAAAGUUGAGGUUCAGGCUCGGUACAGAGGUUCGGUUCAAAUACGACAAGCAAAAGCCAACAAGAAAGUGUAGUGGGGUGGGGGAGAGAAAGUGUGAGACAGAGAGGAAAAGAAUUGAAAAUCCAAAAGAGAUGAGAGAGAGAGAGAAGAAAACAAAGAAAAAUAAUUGCAGGGCAGGGCAGGACUGAGAGAGAGAAAGAAGAUUGAGAGGUUUUGGGUUUGGUUUGUUUGAGAGUUUCAGGGGAGGGAAAGGAAAUGGGGAAGAUAAUGAAGAGGAAGAAGAAAGCAGGUGGAGGGAGGCCAGCACCAGCAGGAAAACUUGAUUUCAUACCAUCUAGUAGGAAAGUUGGAGGAGUAGUAAAAUCUCAGAGAAGUCAGGUAUCGGAAUCUGACCAUAAACGAAACAUCCGGCGUCGGAAUCCGAGUUAUUAUGGGUAUCAGGACUUUGAUGAUGAUGAUGAAGACGAGGACGAGGAGGAAGAAGAAGAUGAUGAUGAAGAAGAAAGGAGGAGAGAGAAAAAAAUGAAGUUGGUUUUGAAAUUACCAGCUGGUCGUUAUAGUAAUAAUAACCAUAACAAGAAUAAUCAUCAUCAUCACAGUAAAAAUAAUAGUAAUUAUAUUAAAGAUGAGGGUUUUAGUGGAGUAGACUCAGUGACGAGUCCGACUCAGUUAGAAGAUGGAGGAAGAAGAAGGACGAGAUUGAAGAAAUUAGAACUAAUGUCUGAGAGUACUUCUUCUGAGUAUGGCGGAGGAAGUGUUGUUAAAAAGAGUACUAGUAGUAAUAAGAAGAGGAAAAUUCAAGGUAGUGUGAAUGAUUUCUAUGAUUAUGAUCGUAAUGUGGACGAUAAUGAUGAUGAAGAAGAAGACGAUGACGAUGAUGAUAGGUGUGAUAAAUUGUUCAAUGGGUCCAGUGAUCAGAAGAUUCAGAAGACGAAAAAGCAGGAAAGGGGGCACAAUGUAGAUAUAAAAGAAACGAGUUUGGUUUCAGGUGUUCCAUUACCGGAUAGGCAAGAAUUGGAGUUGAUUCUGGAUAAGCUUCAAAGGAAAGAUACAUAUGAUGUUUUUGCUCAGCCUGUGGAUCCUGAUGAGCUUCCCGACUAUUACGACGUGAUUGAGCAUCCAAUGGAUUUUGGAACCAUAAGGAGGAAAUUGGCAGGUGGGACUUACUCUAACUUGGAGGAACUAGAGAAUGAUGUUCAUCUCGUUUGCUCGAAUGCGAUGCAAUACAAUGCAGCAGAAACUGUUUACUUUAAACAGGCAAAUUCCAUACAAGAGCUGGCAAGAAUAAAGUUUCAGAGCCUUAGAAUUGACAGUGAACACGCAAUGUCAGAGGCCAAGUCAGAGCAGAAGACCAAAUCCAACUCCUUGGUGAAGAAGCCAGAGAAAAAUUCCUCCUGCACACCCUUCCAAGAACCCAUGGGUUCUGGUUUCUCCUCAGGUGCCACUCUCGUUAGUGUGGUAGAUACAUGUUCAUUGUCAAUACCUGCAGUCCAAGCUGGUUGUGAGAAGCCUAGCAGUGGCGAUGGGCUUGUUACUGAAAAUUCUUCCUUGACAGAGAAUAAACCUGAUGAGACCGAGGAACAACUUUCAGAGAAGGAUGUCCCAACUAAACUUGUGAAAAGGAUUGUGGUGAUAGAUGAGAACCGCCGGAAAACUUACAAUAUCUCCAGUGAACCAGUAGUUGAUACUGAAUCAAUCUUUACACCUUUCGAGGGCGACACAAAACAACUAGUUGAUGUUAUGCUUCAUGAAGAUCAUCAUUCUUAUGCAAGAAGCCUGGCUCGUUUCGCUGCAGCUCUUGGACCUUUUGCCUGGAAAGUCGCUUCUCUGAGAAUAGAACAGGCACUUCCUACAGGAAUGAACUUUGGUCGUGGGUGGGUUGGAGAAUAUGAACCCCUUCCAAAGCCUUUACUGAUGCCCAAGUGUCGUACGCAGAAAGCACAAGCUACACUUUCACCAAAAGUAACUGAAUCGAGAACUAGAAAUUCAUCAGUAGUUGCAGGUUCUAGUAAGCCAGUUGAUCCUGCAAACAAUUCCCCCUUGGGUUGGCCCAUUUCAGCAAGGAAGCCACCUGUAGUUGGUUCUGAUAGAGUGAAGCCUGUUCCUCUUGCCACACAUAAGCAAGAAAACAAGUUAGCAAUAAACUUUGCGAAACCUGAAAACAUUUUGAGGCAGAUUGAGUUGAAUUCUUCACCCUCAUCCAGUGGGACCCCUCACAGUGCUUCUCCACGAAAUCCUUUCGCACGUGAUUCAGAGACGAAAAAUCGCACACUCCAGAUGGUUUCAAGGAAUGGGAAUGUGGAUCAGUCUGCAGCUUUUAAGAAACCAGAAGUUGUUAGGGAGGUUAUCAAUAGCACAAAGAGCGACUGGGUUAGCCGCUCUCCGAAAUUCAUUCCUAAGACGGAGGCCAGAUCCGAAACUCACUCUCCACGUGGAAAUCAAAAUCAAGGUACUAAUGAACCAAACCAAAUGAUCCGAGUAUUUGCCGAAAAGACGCAACAUCAACUGACAUCCUCAAAACCACCGACGAUUGACAUUCAACAGCUUAUGAUGUCCGUUCCAUCCCAAAGAAGAGGUGAUUCCAGCCCUGCGGCAACUGGAGAUCGUCAUCAGGGUCUCAAUGAUGCCGAUCGAAUGACGAGGAUGGUGUCCGAAAAGACAGAACAUCAGCUGAAAUGGCAAAAUCGUCCCACCACUGACACCCGAGAGCUUAUGAUGUCAGUUCCUUCUCCAAGAAGAAAUGAUUGUAGUGCCACUGCAAGUGACCAUCAUCUGUUUCUUGGUAACCCCAGUCAAAUGCCGAGGAUGUUAACUGAAAAGACACAGGAACAGCUGAAAUCUUCAAACCCACAUACUAUUGGCACUCAGCAGCUUAUGAUGCCAGUUUCAUACCCAAGAAGAGAUGGUUCAAGUGCUGCCGCAGCUGACUAUCAUCAGGGUCUUAGUAAUCCUAAUCAAAUGCUGAGGAUGUUAGCUGAAAAGACACAGCAGCAGCUAAAAGCUUCCAACCUACACACUACAGGCACUCAGCAGCUUAUGUCAGUUUCAUCCCCAAGAACAGAUGAUUCUAGUGCCGCCUCGACUGCUGCUGCACGGGCAUGGAUGUCGCUAGGGGCUCCGCAUCUCAAACCAUUGGAAAGACCAGAUCCACCCAGAAUGGAGAUGUCAGCCGCUUCUCUCUUCAACCCAACCCAAGAAUCCUCGCAAUCUGUACUUCAUUUUCGAGGAGAACUUCCUUCAGGGGGUUUACAGUUUCAGUCUCUGAACAGGUUUCACCCUCAACUUUUAGGCAGGGAACCACAUUUCCAGAACAGCAGACAGAUGGUUUUCCCACAAAGAGUAACAGCUGACUUGUCACAGUUUCAAAUGCAGCCUCCUUGGCAAGGUUUCAUCCAACAUCCUACACAGACAAAUAAGAAAAGAGACAUGCUUCCCCCAGACUUGAACCUUACCUUCCAGUCGUCAGGAUCUCCAGGCAUUUUGGCCGACUCUCAACUACCUGACUUGGCUUUGCAACUCUAAUUCUGUUUGUUUUAGGGCAGGAAAAUUACAAAAUAAAAUGAGUGAAUCCCUUUGCUUGCCAUUUAGGUGGUCAUAAAAUUUGCAGUCAGAGGGAGUUCUCUUGUUCAUCUCCGCCAACUGAUUUAUGUCGGCAGUAAAUACCACAACAUCAAAUAGUUCAAGCCAUUGGGUACUUAUUUGACAAGCACAAGUUAGCAUCACAAAAAGGAAUACAGUAUGUAAUAGGAUUAGACAGUUUUGAAGUAGUGAAGAUCGAUUGUAAGCUGCUCUACUGUUGUUUUAGUAUAUUGUCAGCUGAAUCCUCUCUGUAAAUGGAAUUACAAAAAAGAAUGAAUGAAAUUAGGUGUAAACUGAUAGACUUUGUUAAACUUCU